UAGAAAUUGACCGCAGAGGGCAAAGCCAUAUAUCAUCUGGUCUGGACUCCGGCUGAAUCCACAGGUGACCUCAUCGUCUUCGUCUCUCUCUGGUCUCUUCUUCUACGAGCAUUCUCAGGAUCAACUCGCUUUGCUUUUUUUGUGGAUACUCUCUAAAUCCAUUGGUUCCUCGCUCGCUUCUGCCACCCAGCGGGCGCCUUGAGAAGAUGAAAUUGGAAUACGAGAGAAUCAGUGGGUUGGAUAAGCAAGUUCCUUCACUAAUUGAUCUUUGUAUCAGGACAGCGAUAGAUAAUGUAAGAUACCUUGGAGAUGUUGGUGAGACAGAUUUACAUCUUCUUGAACACAUCUUGCCCCAUUGUACGAUAGAUCAGUUGAUGCACGUGGAGAAGAGUUCAAAAGGAAGAGAUCUUAGUCCAGUGACUGAUAAAUUGUGGAAGAUAUUCUAUGAGAAACAGUUUGGAGCUAAGAGUGUUAAUCUUGUGAUUGAGAGGAUGAAGCAGAAGAAAGUGGCAUUUAGAUGGAAACAACUGUAUGAGGCAAAGCUGAAAGAUGUCCAUGAGGCCGAGAACAAAGCUGUUGACCGACUUAAACAACUGUACAAGAAAGAAGAUGCACGGAAGCAAAGCCGGCAAAUUCAGCUCUGCACAAAGGUUCCUCCUGGCAGCAAAAGAAGUUUUUUUGGAGGUAGUGGACCUGGCUUCAAUAUUUCUAAUACAAAGAGCAACUUGAUGAAGAAAGCAAAGAUAGAUCUUUUAAAGAGUCAAGAAAUGAAAAAUAUUGCAGCCAUGAAAAAAAAUGCGGUGCAAAAAGGUUACAGUGCUGCUUCUGCUGUAAGACCAGGUGGGUUUGCUGGAAAGAAUUCAGCUUCUACUUCUAAGCAUACCAGGCCUUUAGAGAGGAGAUAGUAGAAGCAAGAAUCUGUUAUUUUCCAAACAAUCACCUGGGUGUUGCAAAUCCAGCUUUGCAUUGCACACACACCCUUUCUUUGACCUUACUGGAAGAGGGAGGCAAAGUAUUAUCACCACAGAGAAAGACGGAGCUGUCAUAUCAACCCCAGCGCAAUCAGACUGCUAGGAGAAGCACUCAUUAUACGAAAGCAUUCGUUGUAUGUUUAGUGUUGCGGUAGGCAAUUUUCCAUUGCAGCAAGCAGUAGGAGGUCAUGCUUGACAUGUUGCCUUUAUAUACUGAAAGUAGAAAGUUUCAACGGUACUGCCUGGCUAGAUCACUCUUUUUUCAGGUUACAAUCAAAAGUAGUUGACUUUUAUAGUGUAUUAUUUUAGUUUUAGUUUUCAAGAGGUGUGCCAGCAUUUGUAAAU